AUGGGUAAGGUACUUUUUGUCGUAUCAUGCUGCAUGCUUUUGGGGUUUGCAUUGAUUGAAGCAGCUCAGAAUGGUUCACUCGUAACUCACCUACCGGGCUUCAAUGGCGUUUUCCCAUCCAAGCACUAUUCUGGAUACGUGAGCGUAGGACAGAAGAAUCUCUUCUAUUACUUGGUUGUUUCGGAGAGAAACGCCGGCAAGGAUCCAGUUGUUUUGUGGCUAAAUGGUGGACCAGGUUGCUCUAGCUUUGAUGGGUUUGUUUACGAACAUGGUCCUUUUAAUUUUGAAAAAGGGAACCCCAAGGGAAGCCUCCCCACAUUGCAUCUCAAUCCAUACAGUUGGUCUAAGGUUUCCAAUAUCAUUUACCUAGACUCACCGGUUGGCGUUGGCUUCUCAUACUCUCGAAAUACAAGCACGUACACAACCGGAGACAUCCAAACCGCCGCCGAUACACAUGACUUCCUCCUCAAGUGGUUUGAUUUGUAUCCGGAGUUCGUUAGCAAUCCGUUCUAUAUCGCCGGAGAGUCGUAUGCGGGAAUUUAUGUGCCCACUCUUGCUUCUCAAGUGGUGAAGGGGAUCAAAGAUGGUGCAAAGCCCAAAAUCAAUUUCAAGGGAUACAUGGUGGGAAACGGGGUGACUGACCCUGUUUUUGAUGGCAAUUCAUUUGUCCCCUUUGUUCAUGGGAUGGCCCUCAUUUCAGAUGACAUUUUUGAGGCAGUUAUAGCAGCUUGUGGGGCUGACUUUUCUAACUCUUCUACGGCGGCGUGCGCUGAAAAACUAUCAUAUGUUUACGUGGCGCUUGCCGGCCUAAAUAUUUAUGACAUCCUUGAACCCUGCUACCAUGAUCCAACUUCGCUACAAGGCUCGAAAGGAAACACUAGCUUGCCCAAUAGCUUCCGGCAAUUAGGGGUUACGUCGAGACCACUUGCAGUUAGAACUCGGAUGUUCGGUCGUGCUUGGCCGUUUAGGGAACCGGCUAAGGAUGGCAUUGUCCCUUUAUGGCCUCAACUAGCACAGAACAUUGAAAACAGUGUACCCUGUAUUAACGACGAAGUAGCAACCAGGUGGCUAAAUGAUGCAGCAGUUAGGAAGGCCAUUCAUGCUGAGACAGAAAACGUAGCAGGGCCUUGGGUGUUAUGUACAGAUAGAAUACGCUAUUAUCAUGAUGCUGGGAGUAUGAUUCCGUACCAUAAAAACCUAACAACAGAAGGCUAUCGAGCGCUUAUUUACAGUGGAGACCAUGAUAUGUGUGUGCCUUACACUGGUACCCAAGCCUGGACCAAGUCAAUAGGAUACAAGACCGUGAGUCCAUGGAGGUCAUGGACCUCUAAUGACCAGGUUUCUGGGUACUUGCAAGGUUAUGACCAUGACCUUACCUUUCUAACCAUCAAGGGAGCAGGGCAUACAGUCCCAGAAUACAAACCAUUGGAAGCAUUGGACUUCUACAGGCGAUGGUUGGAUAAGGAACCUAUAUGA